GUGGCAACACUGCUAGUAAAAUUUGAGAACAGCUGCUUGCUGUCUGUGCUACUUGCCAAAGGAGCCGACCGACCACCAAAAAUAUAGGAAACAAAUGUGGACUUUUAGGUGCGCGCCAGAAGCAAAACAAAACUUCAGUUUUUGUAACUAUUAAACAAAAAAGUUGAGAUUUUACUCUGAUAUGAACGAAUUGGAACUAUUGGAUAGUUUCUAAGCUGACAACUCCAACGAAAAAGAUAGUAUAUUGUAGAAGGAACUACAAAUUAUUAAUACCAUAAUUGGAAACAUUUAUCUAGGCCUGCCCACCGGAAAACAUAUACAAGCUAUAAAUCUAAAUGUACGUAUGUAUAUAAAUAAUUGAUCUAAUUUGAAAUAAACAACGAGAAAGCAGGAAGAAAUAGGAUACAGCUUUUUAACGAUUGAACCAUUUUACCACGAAAAAUUUAACCACAGUGUGCGCUGCAUUUGAAAUGAAAUGAAAUUAUCCUGGCUUAAUCAAGUGUUUGAGUUGAUUAGUGCGAGUACAUUGCAAUUGUACGAGGAUAGUGGUCGAUUCCUCCAUCAGUUUGUUGGCAAUCAGACGCAAUCGUUGAUUCUAUUACAAGAAACGUGGCGUGCUAACGUGCUGCACUGGGCGACUAUAUCGUAUCGACGCUUCAGUUCGACAGCAAUCGAAGCCCUGGAGCAUAUUAUUUACGCGUGUCUGGUGUACUUGCUAGUAUGCCUGGGCAUUUUUUAUACAACACGCAGCAACAGCCCAUUGUGGCGUUGGUGCAAGUUGAUCAACAAUGUGCGUUUUCCAAGACAACACAAAUUGGAACGUGUUUUACUAGUGACCUCACAUCCGGACGAUGAAUGUAUGUUCUUUGGUCCACUUAUAUACACAUUAACUCAUCGUUCCAGCUGUCAAGUGUAUGUCCUAUGUCUGUCCAACGGUAAUUAUGAGAAACAAGCGCAAUUACGCCGUGAAGAAUUAUGGCGUUCAUGUGAAAUGCUGGGUGUUCCAGCAGCAAAUAUCAUUAUGGUAAAUGCAACAAAUCUGCCAGAUGACCCGAAUGUUGAAUGGAAAGCACCAGUUGUUGCGAAUUUAAUAUUGCAUACCGUCGAAAGUUUGGAUAUUCAAGCGAUCUGUACAUUCGAUCGCGAUGGAGUGAGCCAGCAUCCAAAUCACAGUGCAGUGUAUUUUGCUGCAGCGUCACUCUGCUUAGCUAAUUUAUUACCAAAAGAAUGCAAAUUUUAUACGCUGGACUCCAUAAAUAUUUUAAGGAAAUAUAUUUCGAUUUUCGAUUUGCUCUGUACAUGCUGCAUUUCAUCAUACUGGUGCAUACUGGGCUGGGAUGAGGCUGCACAAAUACGUCGCGCUAUGCGUGAGCAUAAAUCCCAAAUGAAAUGGUUCCGCUGGUUGUAUAUUUACUUUUCACGUUACAUGUUCAUAAAUUCGUUGCGUGAGGUGAAUCUAGCGGACAUCGAAUUGGAGAUGCAAAUUGACGAUAAUACCUUUUGAUUUGCCUAAACUUACAUUAGCUUUAAACAAUGCCGCAGCCAGUCAGCCAGCCAGCCAAUAGUAAACAUUUAAUUGAAUCUAAAAAUAAAAUCAGACAAACCAGACGUACCACGUUGUAAUAAAUUCUAUAUUUGAAUCUGUGUGUGUGGCAGCAAACACCUAAAAUGCACCAAUAACACAAAACUUAAAAUACAUACAACAGACAACUAAUAUCGUCAACAACAACAAUCAGAAUCAGAUGCAACAUUAUCAAAAUCCAAAUUACACGCAAAAUGUUUAACGGUAUCUUACCUAUGCCGGCAGAAAGGAAAACCGAACAAACGUUAAAUUAUGUAAACAAAAAUAAUUAAUAGUGCAAUAGCUGACCGGUGCAAUAACGCAUGAAAUGCCAAACGGUAAUAAUGAUGUUGAUGCUGCUACAACAACGGUAAUGAUAAUGGCGAUAAUGAAAUUUGGCGGUGAUGGUGUUGUCGGCAGAGUGACACGAAUGUUCCGUAACUGUCGCCGAAAACUUUUACAAACAGACAACCAAAACCUCGGGUAACAAAGGGAAUGUGAAGCCAUUUGACAGCGUGUAAAAACACUUUUGCCAACAAUCAGAAGAAAUUCAACAACAACAUGUGAACCUCUACAUACUAUUCGUACAUUUAAACAAUGUACUGUACGCGCGUAUAUUUAAGCAUUGGGUACAAGAAAAGCCUAAAACACAUAUCGAAUCCAUUUUCAUUUGGUGUUCCCUACUUAAGUUGCUUUUCAUACGUUUUAUAUUUUAUGCAAUCUUAGAAAAUCUAAUAUUUAUUGCAAGUGGAGAAUUGUUAUUCUCGAUAAUUGUGAUUAUGAGAUGUUAAUAAUGACGUUAAGUUUAGUCUACUAAAUGAACAGCGAUCGGUGUAGCGUGGUAGUUAUUAUUUUAUUCAUUUAAUUCGGUGAUCAAAGCCAGGAUUUCACACAAUAUUAAGUAUACUAAAUGUCAUAGCAGUUUCAUACAUAAAGGUUUACAUAAAUUGUGUAUGUAUUUUUACCUAAUUCUAUAAUAUUCUAUAUUUUUUAGCAUAAGACAGUUAAUAGAUUUUGACUUUCAUAGAUUUGAGUAAAUUUGUUUAAAGCUAAAUUAAGUUGGAGCAAUAAUUUUAUUUACUUGUAUGUGUACAUAACGUAAUACAUAGAACACAUAGUUGUAACAACAGCGAAGCAUAUACAUACCAUAAAAAUAUAUAGAUAUUAUAUAUAUGUACAUUAUAUAGUGUGUAUAUUCAUUAAAUAUAUUUCUUAAAGUUUGUAAAUUUUUUGUUAAUUUGGUUAUUGUUAUUUAAUAUCAUCGAACUUCUCACAUACAGCACGUAUAUACACAGCGAAGCAAUAUGUAUAUUUAAUUUAAUUUGCAUUAUAAUAAGCACUGAUAAAGCUUGUUGAAAUGCCAAAACGUUUGCCUGUAAUAAUUUAAGAUUUGUUUGUGCCGAACAAAAUCAAAAUCUAAUGAAUCACUUCAAAACUGAAAAAUAAAUAAUACUUAAAAAAAUUUAAUUUACAAAAACCAAA